UCCAUUUUGAUGACAAAUCAAACGUUUGGGCUCUACUCUGUAAUUUCUAGAAAUAUGUUCCUGGGCAGUGCUGGGUUAUAAUCCUAAAGAUAUACAACGGGCGUGCGAGAGAGGGCCCUUGGCACUAGCUUUAGCCACUGAUAAUGGUGACAAAAGAGAACCCAGCUGAAAAACAGGAAGCUGAGGACAAAGAUGAAUUGCCUUUAAUGGGGGGAGCCUUUCCUGAUUCCAGUACAAUAGAAUAUAUCCUCUUCCACUUUUAUUUUUCCCAAUAAAGAAAAAAAAAAUCAUGCAUUUUAGAUUCAGUUCCCAUGAUAAAUGUCAAAGUGUUUCUUUAUCUUCCUUGGCUUGUUCUUGCUGUAUUUGUUGGAAUCCAAGUCUUAGCUUCAGUGAAGGUGAAGCAGUGGACAAGUUUAAAAUGAGCUCAUGCAGUGUAAGACGCUCAUCAAAGAAGCUGGAAAACAUAGAUGAGAAUGGUCCCCCAAGGUGGUUACAAUUGUCUUGUCCUCUUCCAGAAACUCCUACAGAACCAAUGGAGUUUCUUGCCAGAUCAUGGAGUUUGUCAGCCAUGGAACUCUCCAAAGCUCUUGCCAAGAAUAAUAUAGCUGCUUCCAAUGGCGUUGAUGCUGACAUUAAGUCUUCAUCUGCUUCUUCUGUUGGAAAUAUUGAAACGCAUGAUUCAAGACAAUCCCUAAUUCAGCAGCAGCCUAGUGACGAUAGCCCUCCAAUAAUUUCCCCAAGGGAAAGUGAAGAUCUGAAGGAACUAUUUUUGCUUCAUCAAACACUGAACCCAGAGUUUCUUUCUAAUCAACAAUUGCUUAAAAAUGGGAUAUACAAGAGCAUUGUAAGAGGGCGAACAAUGGGGAAAUGGUUGAAGGAUCAGAAAGAUAGGAAGAAGCAAGAGAUUAGAGCCCAUAAUGCACAACUUCAUGCAGCUGUAUCAGUGGCCGGUGUUGCGGCUGCCGUUGCAGCACUUACUGCCUCUAACGCAAUGUUACCGGAAACGGAAACUACAGGUCUUAAGACAUUGUCUAAAGUACCGACUGCUAUGGCAUCUGCGGCAGCUCUUGUAGCUUCUCACUGCAUUGAGAUUGCUGAGGACAUGGGAGCUGAUCAUGACCAAAUCUUAACAGUAGUCAACUCUGCAAUUAAUGCAAGAACUAAUGGAGAUAUAAUGACCCUAACAGCUGGAGCAGCUACAGCCUUGCGAGGAGCUGCUGCCUUAAGGGCAAGGUUGCAAAAGGCUGGGGCUUUAGCUUUGGGUGAAGACGGUAAUGGAUUGAACAUCACAACAGCAUUGAACUUUGCUGCAACUGGGGGUGAACUACUCAAGCGCACGAGAAAAGGAGCUUUACAUUGGAAGCAAGUUUCUUUCUACAUAAACUCUAACUGGCAGGUGGUGGUUAAACUGAAAAGUAAGCAUAUGGGAGGCACAUACACUAAAAAGAAGAAGUGUGUGAUCUUUGGAGUUCAUGAUGGCAUCCCGGCAUGGCCAAGAAGGGAGAAAAAAGACAAUGCAGAGCAGAGAGCUUAUUUUGGGAUUAAGACUGCAGAGAGGAUAAUAGAAUUCGAGUGCAGGAGUAAAGGUGACAAACAGAUGUGGACGGAUGGGAUUCAACAUAUGUUGAAUUGUUGUAAUAGCAUUGCAUAUUUCUGAGAGAAACUAGGUUCGGUUUGAUGGAAAAAUGCUCGAUUUUCAUUUCUGUAAAGUAAUCAUGUUGAAAUUGCAUAUAUAUAUAUAUGAUUAUUCCCCAAAUACUAAGCUGAGGGAGGUCA